AUGAAUCGAUGGGACUUCAACUUAAGGAAGUAUAAUGAUAACAAUGAAAAGUUAACAGAACCUUUUGGCUAUAAUUUUGAGGAUGAUGUAAGAGCUGCGUAUGGGAAUGGAGAUAGUUAUUUAAAAACAGAAAAGAAUAUAAACUGUUUAAACAAAUUAAAUAAAAAUGAGAACAAUAAAUCGAAUAUAUCAGUUUAUAGUGAAAAAAUUCUUGAAAAAAAAGCAUGGGGUGUUUGUCUUAAUGCAUUUAAAGGACUCAUAAUGAAUAUAUUUGUUAUGUAUAUGUCCGGUGGCGCUUCAGGUAUUUUUGGUAUAAUUUUUAUUAUUUACUCAAUAUAUAAUAUUUUAAAAUCUUUGCUUAAUAUUAAUGAUGCAUUUAAAAGUGUGGAAAGUAAUACUAAUCAAAGUUUUUGGCUACAAAAAGUUUGUUUUGCUCUUAUUAAUUUUUUAGUUUUACUUUACAUUAUGAAUGUUUGUUCAAAUAGUGGCUUAUUACCCAUAAGAUCUGCAGAUUAUUUUUAUUUUUUACCUCACCAGAAAGUUAAACAGAAAGUCAUGGGGAAUCUUUUUUAA